AACACAAGCUCAUCAUCGUCUAUAUAUUCUGAAAUACAUAUCAAUGGCUGUGCUGGAGCGGCGUUCCCGCCUCCCGGCGGUGGCGCAGCUUGCCGUGGCGUUCUGGCUGGCGGCCACCAGCGCCUGCCUGUGCCGUAGCGUCAUCCCUGACCCGGACCUGGAACCGGGCCGCCCGUGUGUCGGUCGUCUGUUCUGUCGUUGGCCACCGCUGCCGCUACCGUCGCCGCCGCCACCUCCAGUCGUCACACCUCCUCCAGCUCCGGAGACGACGACUCCGCCACCGCGACACCACCAUACCCCUCCGUUUUGUCCUUCCCCUCUGUGUCGUCAUCGCCUGCCGCCCCACCUGCCGAGGCCGAUCUACCCACCACCGACACCGUUGUCCCCGGAGUCCCCGCCGCUGCCUCCACCGCCGCCGGUCGUCACCCCUCCUCCUCCGACGCCGCGACAUCCAUACCCUACCCCUCGUCCAUGUAUUUAUCCGUUCUGUCCUCUUCGGCCGCCGGUCUGCUUAUGUAGUAUAUCUAUGUUUGAAUAAAAAGUAAUAAUGUAGUAUUUGUACUGUAGUAUCACGCGAUCCGA